GAUAUUGAUUUUACCAUGAGUUAUCACUACAGGUUGGAUGGAGGCAAUUUGGCAAUCAGUAGUCCUCGCACAGAGCAGGAUAUUGGCAUGUACCAGUGCCUAGCCACCAACACUCUGGGGACAAUUCUGAGUCGGAAGGCAAAACUCCAAUUUGCAUAUAUUGAAGACUUUGAAACCAAAACAAGAAGCACAGUGUCCGUCCGAGAAGGUCAAGGUGUGGUGCUUCUCUGUGGCCCACCACCACACUUUGGAGAUUUAUCUUAUGCAUGGACUUUCAAUGAUAACCCCUUAUAUGUCCAAGAGGACAACAGACGGUUUGUAUCACAAGAGACAGGAAACUUGUACAUUGCCAAAGUGGAACCAUCAGAUGUGGGCAACUAUACCUGCUUCGUAACAAACAAGGAAGCCCAGAGAAGUGUUCAAGGACCGCCUACCCCAUUAGUGCAGCGCACUGAUGGUGUGAUGGGGGAAUAUGAACCAAAGAUUGAAGUGCGUUUUCCUGAAACUAUACAAGCUGCAAAGGAUUCAUCUGUAAAACUGGAAUGCUUUGCCCUUGGAAAUCCAGUCCCUGAUAUUAGUUGGAGGAGGUUGGAUGGAAACCCGUUGCCAGGGAAAGUCAAGUACAGCAAAUCCCAGGCUAUUCUUGAAAUCCCGAACUUUCAACAGGAAGAUGAAGGCUUCUAUGAGUGCAUUGCAGGCAACCUUCGAGGAAGAAACCUUGCAAAGGGUCAACUCAUUUUCUAUGCCCCACCAGAAUGGGAACAAAAAAUCCAAAAUACUUACCUGUCUAUCUAUGACAGUUUGUUUUGGGAAUGCAAAGCUAGCGGAAAACCAAAUCCUUGGUACACGUGGUUAAAGAAUGGUGAACGCCUCACUCCAGAGGAAAGAAUUCAAAUAGAAAAUGGGACACUUAUCAUAACUAUGCUGAAUAUGUCAGAUUCUGGUGUCUACCAAUGUGCGGCAGAAAACCAAUAUCAGAUAAUUUAUGCAAAUGCAGAAUUGAGAGUAUUAGCCUCAGCUCCUGAUUUCUCUAAAAAUCCCCUUAAAAAAAAUUCUGUUGUGCAAGUUGGUGGGGAUAUUACUAUCGAAUGCAAACCAAAUGCUUUUCCUAGGGCAGCCAUCUCCUGGAAAAGAGGCAUGGAGAGCCUGAGACAGAGCAAAAGAGUGUUUCUCUUAGAGGAUGGCAGCCUCAAGAUAUAUAAUGUUACCAGGUCAGAUGCUGGAUCAUAUACUUGCAUUGCUACAAAUCAGUUUGGCGUCGCAAAGAAUACUGGCAGCCUACUUGUAAAAGAGAGGACUAUUAUUACCAUCCCACCUUCCAAAAUGGAUGUGACAGUUGGAGAGAGUAUCGUCCUACCAUGCCAGGUGUCCCACGACCCCUCCAUUGAAGUUAUGUUUAUAUGGUCUUUCAAUGGAGAAGUCAUAGACUUAAAAAAAGGAGUGGCUCAUUUUGAAAGGAUUGGAGGAGAAUCUGUUGGGGAUUUGAUGAUAAGGAACAUUCAGUUAAAUCAUUCAGGAAAAUAUCUAUGCACAGUGAAAACAACUCUGGAAAGUUUAUCUGCGGUAGCUGAUAUCAUUGUUAGAGGUCCACCAGGUCCCCCUGAGGAUGUAAGAGUGGAACACAUUUCCAGUACUACUUCUCAACUAAGCUGGAGACCAGGCUCGGAUAAUAAUAGUCCCAUUCAGAUAUUUACUGUUCAGGCUCGGACUCCAUUUUCUGUGGGUUGGCAGGCUGUUUCAACUGUUCCAGAAAUUCUCAAUGGUAAGACAUACAAUGCAACAGUGGUUGGUUUGAGUCCUUGGGUGGAGUAUGAAUUCCGUGUCGUUGCUGGGAACAGCAUUGGGAUUGGAGAACCAAGUAAAGCAUCAGAAUUGCUAAGAACCAAAGCAUCAGUCCCCGUUGUGGCACCAACAAACAUCAACGGAGGUGGAGGAAGUCGUUCGGAACUCGUCAUUACGUGGGAGUCAAUUCCAGAAGAACUACAGAAUGGAGAGGAAUUUGGAUACAUCAUCAUGUUGCGGCCAGUUGGCUCAACAGCCUGGACCAAGGAAAGAGUACCAUCUGUGGAAUCAUCGAGGUUUGUUUACAGAAAUGAAAGCAUCACCCCCCUCUCUCCCUUUGAAGUGAAAGUGGGUGUAUAUAAUAAUGAAGGAGAAGGAUCUCUGAGUACUGUAUCCAUUGUCUACUCUGGGGAAGAUGAACCUCAACUGGCCCCAAGAGGAACUUCUGCCCAGAGUUUUUCUGCUUCAGAAAUGGAGGUUUCAUGGAAUGCUAUUGCCUGGAAUAGAAACACUGGAAGAGUGCUGGGCUAUGAGAUAUUAUACUGGACAGAUGACUCCAAAGAAUCCAUGAUUGGGAAAAUUAGAGUCAGUGGGAAUGUCACAACUAAAAACAUCACAGGGCUGAAAGCUAAUACUAUCUACUUUGCUUCUGUGAGAGCUUACAACACUGCGGGGGCAGGGCCCUCAAGCCCUCCAGUCAAUGUUACCACCAAAAAGUCUCCUCCAAGCCAACCACCAGCUAACAUUGCCUGGAAGCUGACAAACUCUAAAAUAUGCCUGAACUGGGAACAUGUAAAAACCAUGGAAAAUGAGUCUGAAGUGUUGGGCUACAAGAUUCUGUACCGGCAAAACAGACAGAGUAAAACACAUAUCUUGGAGACAAACAAUACAUCAGCUGAGCUUCUAGUUCCGUUUGAAGAAGACUACUUGAUUGAAAUAAGAACAGUUAGUGAUGGUGGGGAUGGAAGCAGCAGUGAGGAAAUUAGGAUUCCAAAAAUGUCAAGUUUGAGUUCCAGAGGAGUUCCAAUCAUAGAGCUUAGCAUCUAUUUCCUGUCAGUUGUAAUCAUUUUUUACUGUAUUGCAAUUCAGCCACUUAUACGAUGAAUAAAACCAUAAAUCUUUGAGAAUUUUUUUGAAAGCAAAUUAUUCUGUAAAUAAGCUCUCCAGCCCCCAUCACAAAAUCCAUUAU